AUGCAGCUCUCUUCGUCCGGAUCGGCGAAGACAGGAUCCCUACAAUCACUCAUGUUCCCGACGAUUGAUCGAGAGCGCUCAUCAAGCUCAUCCCGAAUCUGGAUCACUUUGCUUAUGAAUCUACCCACAACAUACUGUGCAACACCUCCGUUGACAGCAACAAACCCCGUCUACAAAGCACUUGACGACGGACGAACUAUGGUCACUUAUCCACGUCCGACUGAUAUGGGUAUGAUUCUCCCAGUUCCAUCCUCGGAUGACUGGUUUGAUCAGGUGAAUGAUCUCGAUGAUUCCCCUCCUCCUACGCCGCCUCCGAAAACCAAAAAGAAGAAGCGCGGCCCGGACUCUCUCUGGCUCCGUUAUCAGGCAGGAUGCCCCAACGUUGGCCCUCUUGGCGAAGAUCGUGGACGAUAUCAGUUCAUCGUUGAGUAUGGCAACAGCAAACCCUGUCUUGUGGGUUGUUGUUCGUCUCCUGACUCUCCGGUGCCCACUCCGCCAUCCACUCCUUAUUGCAAGCCAGAUCUACCUCCUGCUCCUCCAUCUCCACCAGCGGAACCUCCGCUCAUGUUAUGGCAGCAGCAGCCUAUUCCAUGUUACAUGGCUACCAGUUCUGAAGGCAUCAGCAGAAAUUUCCCUCCUACAGUUGAUUAUGAGGAUGCUGAUCGCCGCCAUCACAAAUGGAAGAUUACACCACCCAAUGUUCUUGACAACAAUGGCUUGAUGGCCCAUAAUUCCUCAGUUGAAUCCCAACUCAACUGGCAGGCAGAAAAUGCUUUGGUUCAGAAUCAGUACCUCACCAAGCUUCUCUCAUAUCAAGAACAUCAUACGCUUGCUCUCCGUCAGAAUGAAGGCGACAUCCGUUAUUUGAAAUCUCGGAUUGAAUCCCUCCACCAGGAACUUAUGACUAUAGCUAUGACGGUGAAGGAUUCUUCUCAGGCCUCUUAUCUCAUUUCUGGCCGAGAAAAAGAAAAACGUAUGCUAGAAGAACAGCUUCGACUGGCCCAAACUCAAAACUAUCCGGCUAGUCCAACACUGUUCCCUGACUCAGUCAUGACCCCUGCUUAUCAUGACUAUCAGGCUCCGCAUAGUUUUCCUACAGCUAUGUUCAAAGAGCUCCAGGAUCAGCAGAGACAUCUAGCUGCACAUAAGGCACGAUCCGCUAAACCUAAGCGGUCUCAUGACUUACCAUACCCAUCAGUGCCACAGCCAGUCUUUCAACCUUCCCCUAUAAAUAUUGCUAAGCCCAUGGUGCAACCCACUUUCCAACCUUUACCCGAGCAACCUUCAGGACCUCCUGGUUUUGUCCCCUGGGUCCCUCCCAGAUCUAAACCUUCACCUCCUGACUCUGCUUAUACGGUUGUUCCAGCACCUGCACAUCCAAAUACACUUAGCGAUUACUUGACACAGUUAACCUUAGCCCCUCCGAGCAUCCCUGCUUUGGCUAUCUCUAAGGUUUCCUCUGUCACGACUUUUUCGGACUUAGACUCCCAGUCUUCCUCGGGUCCUUUGCCAGUCUACCAGACCAAGGCACCUGAUGAUCCUCAGGCAACUGAGCCUAUCAUCUAUAGCAGUGAUAGUGAGGUGGAUACUGCUUCACAUACUGCUCCUCAUGCACCGCAACAAAGGCAACAUCAGCCUCAAGCCCAGCAUCCCACGAUGCCUCCUCAGGUUCAGGCUCCAAGCCCUUUUGGCAAUCAAGACCCCAAACAACUGUUUACCUUUGACGGUCUUCCUUUCCACAAAUGGCCUGAACGUAUUUCCGAGUUUCAUGCUUGGCUCACUGCGAAAUGUUGA